AGCCGGGCCUCUGUGGGGUUAAGCGGACCCAUCAGGAAGUGCACGGCUUUCCUCUGGCCCCACCCGCCCUCUGUCCCGGCAGCCCGGCAGUCCUGCCACACACUGAAUCGGGCGGCCCAGGCUGACCGGUGUCCGGCUAGGUGCCCCAGGAGGACCCCGAGCCGCCUGCCCCGACUACGCCAUGUCCGACUACGAGAACGAGGACGAGUGCUGGAGCGCCCUGGAGGGCUUCCGUGUGAAGCUCAUCUCCAUCAUCGACCCCGCCCGCAUCACGCCCUACCUGCGCCAGUGCAAGGUCCUGAACCCCGAUGACGAAGAGCAGGUGCUCAGCGACCCCAGCCUGGUCAUCCGCAAGCGAAAAGUGGGAGUGCUCCUGGACAUCCUGCAGCGGACUGGCCACAAGGGCUACGUGGCGUUCCUAGAGAGCCUGGAGCUCUACUACCCGCAGCUGUACAGGAAGGUCACGGGCAAAGAGCCCACCCGCGUCUUCUCCAUGAUCAUCGACGCAUCCGGGGAGUCGGGCCUGAUGCAGCUGCUGAUGAGCGAGGUGAUGAAGCUGCAGAAGAAGGUGCAGGACCUGACGGCACGGCUGGGCUCCAAGGAUGACCUCGUGAAGGAGCUGAGGGUGAAGGACAGCCUGCUGCGCCAGCACCGGGAGCGCGUGCAGAGGCUCAAGGAGGCCUGCGAGGUGGGCGGCCGCGAGCUCCAGCGCUGCAAGGACGAGAACUACGACCUGGCCCUGCGCCUGGCCCGGCAGAGCGAGGAGCGGGGCGCCGCGCUCAUGCGCAACCGCGACCUGCAGCUGGAGAUCGACAGGCUCAAGCACAGUCUCAUGAAGGCAGAGGACGAGUGCUCGGUGGAGCGCAGGCACACACUGAAGCUCAAGCACGCCAUGGAGCAGCGGCCCAGCCACGAGCUGCUGUGGGAGCUGCAGCAGGAGAAGGCGCUGCUGCAGGCGCGGGUGCAGGAGCUGCAGGCCUCCGUCCAGGAGGGGAAGCCAGACCAGAGCAGCCCCUACAUCCAGGUGCUGGAGGAGGAUUGGCGGCAGGCGCAGAGGGACCUCCAGGAACAGACCGCCACCAUCUUCUCCCUGCGCAAGGACCUGCGCCAGGCUGAGGCCCUGCGCGCCCGGUGCACGGAGGAGAAGGAGAUGUUCGAGCUGCAGUGCCUGGCCCUGCGGAAGGACUCCAAGAUGUACAAGGACCGCAUCGAGGCCAUCCUGCAGCAGAUGGAGGAGGUCGCCAUCGAGCGGGACCAGGCCAUCGUGACGCGGGAGGAGCUGCACGCACAGCACGCCCGCGGCCUGCAGGACAAGGACGCGCUGCGGAAGCAGGUCCGCGAGCUGAGCGAGACGGCGGAUGAGCUGCAGCUGCAGCUGUUCCAGCGCGAGGGCCAGCUGCUGGCGGCCGAGGGCCGCCUCCGGUGGCAGCAGCUGGACACGUCCGUCCUGAGCUCCGACCUAGAGGACGGCUCACCGAGGAACUCCCAGGAGCUCUCGCUCCCCCAGGACCUAGAGGAGGACGCCCAGCUCUCAGACAAAGGCGGCCCGGCCAUCGGGGAGAGCCCUGAGCAGCCCUUUGUGGCUCUGCAGAAGGAGCGGCUCUCACUGGCCCCCAAGCAGGACGCAGGCCUGAGCGGCGGGGAGCCCCCCGAGAAGGAGAAGGGGCGGCGGCGUCUCAAGGAGAGCUUCGAGAACUACCGGAGGAAGCGGGCCCUCAGGAAGAUGCAGCACGGCGCGAGGCAGGGGGAGGUGGACUGGGAGAAUACCACGGGCAGCGACAACACCGACACCGAGGGCUCCUAGCCGGCCCCUCCGUCCAGCCGCGCGUCGUGGGAGGAGGACACGGCGCCACCUGGGAGCUGCCUCGCUAGGCCGCCUCUUCCUUGGCGAGCACGGGCUUGUUCUAUCUCUGUGUGAUGCACACGCGUGCUGCAGUGUUAAAAAUGCAUCCCCGUCAAUAAACGACCGCAGUGCGGA